AUGUCGACUUCAGGAACUUCCGUCCCGGUCCUCGUCGCCGCCUUCCUGUUUGGCAUCGUCGUCAACGCGGCGUCGGCGGCGCUCCUCCUCCACGUCAGCAGCCAUCGAGGCACCGUGUUCCGGGACGGCCAGAGGCUGGUCCUCACCACAUUCCUUUUAGGUGCCACCCUGUGGGCACAAACCGACUUCAUUUCUAUCCUCAUCGACACGACGGCCGCCUCGUCGUGCCAGGUGGGCAUCAUCUUCAGCACGCUAUUCGACCAGCUCGCCCGUGUCUCCAUCGAACAGUAUCUACUAUGGGCAAUCAACAAGGGCGCCAAAUCGGGCGUUCAGCAAAUGGCACUUCAGGCACUCAUCGUGUCUCGGUUUGUCGUUGGCUGUGUCUUUGUCGCCUUCUCACGGCCCCAGUUCAAUCCUGCCUGCGUACCCAUGUCCUCGAUGAUGCCUGUUGCAGUCGUUGUUGUCGUUCUUGACUUCGUUCUCAUCGCGGCUCUAGCCAUUAUAGCCGUCACGGCCGGUCUCCUGAGAGACGCUCGGGGGGGCAGCGCUGAUGCUGGGCCCAGCAAGGCGAUUCUGCUUGUUAUUGUUGCGUUUGCCAUUUGGACUGGGACCAGCGUGGUUAUGCUUCUUGGGAUGACCAGUGCCGACUUCCGUCUGCGUACUCUUCUUCCAGCCACGGGCCUGUCGAUUCUCGUUUUUAUUAUCACCACUUGCAACGGUGCGUUGACGACGAGCAGCACAAAGUCAACAAGGGCACCUGACUCUCCCGGUAUCCGCAACAUCACCACCGGCAGUUCCGUUUCUACUGACGCCUCAUCCGAUUAUCCCCCAAGCCGGUUCGAAGAUGUCAAGCGAUCCGAGAUUAUGACGACCUACGCUUUCGAACAGCCCCGUGAAGCUCCCGGAGUCCCUCCCGUACCUGCCAAUUUCUCGCGACCCGUAGUCAUGCUGGCAAACGUCGAGGCGCCGCCGUUAAUGGUACAAAAUGAAACAUUUGCUCCUUCCGUCUCUGCUUUUGCGACUGCUGCAGUUUCUGGCUUGCGCAAGGUGGACAUUCGUCCUCAGGGGAAGACGAAGCGUAGCCUUCUCGAUCUAAAGGGUGGUCCCGGAGCUGGCCGUGGCGGCAAGAUGACCAUCUCGAACCCGAUUCUCGAAGCGAACGGCGAUCAGAAUCCCCUCAACAAGAUUGCUACAAUUAGCCUGGAAGAAGCGGCACGGGGUGAGCGCGAGAGGCGUGCAAACGAUCUUCAGAGAGAAUCGGCUUUGAUCGCAAAGCGUCCUGCACCACAGCCUCCCAACAUGUCGACUGAAGAGGCAAUGAAACGAUCAGUAAGCCUCAGGCGGAAGGAAGUUGCACCUGUGUCUUCUCAACCACCAAUUCCCACUAUGUCGAAUCUGGAGCCGAUGCCUAUGGGCACAACAUCCUCUGCCCAACUGUCGCCGGGCGUGGAGGAACUGCGGAGACGGUCACCAAGACAGCCACCUGUCGACAGUGAGGCCGACCAGUCUAUGCGAACAAUGCCCGCCGCUAUGCCAUCUGCACCGUCACCUACAAUUCCGCUUCCGUCCCCUAGGCAAGAGGUCCCGCGACAACUCGAUGGGAUUGACAAUUAUGAUCAGCCAGAGCAAGUGAACGUGACGCUCGAACAAAACCAAGAGACAACUGAUUUUAUCAUUCAGCCCGCCACUUUUGCACCUCCGGCACGGCCUGCACGACAAGACGCAGACCUCCCAGCACCGCCUAUUGGAGCAGAUGCGAGCAUACGCCGGCCUGAGAUUCGGCCAUCGCGCCAGCUUCCGAAAACGCCGACACAGCCGGCCUCCGAGGCUCCCCAGCCACCUCUGCUCCGUCGCCCUACGAAUGGCCUGCCUAGAAACCCACGGGCAACGGCCAUGCAAACCCUAGACAAUGGGCAGGGUGCAGGACGGCAGCAGACGGUCAUGUUCAUGAACAACAUUGUUUACGACAACCCGGAGAGAGUGCAGGACAUUAUCAACGAUGCAAGCAACAAGGAAACGAAGCGGAGAUCCACGCACUCCAUUGUGCACCGGCCCCGUCCCAUCCCCAGACACCUUGAAAAGGACCGGGCCAUCUUCCCUGCAGAGCCGUCUCCGAACUUGGCCGGACACCGCCGCAGCAAAUCAGGUGGCUCCAUCGUCAGCCGCAAGUCAAUUAUUCUGUCCAACCCUGGCAGCCCGACACAGCUCCCGCCAUUGCCAUUGCCUCCCAAGAACACGGGGUACAGCAUGGCGCAUCGCAACGCCGACCGCCCGCAACCGAAUGACACGAAGAGCAUGACCUUUGAUGAGAAAAUGACCCUCCUAUUCCCCACGCCGCCAAGCGGGGAACCCCUCGCGCGUCGCCGGUCGUCUGUUCCGGAAAUGCCGGCAAUGCCGUUGGACUACAUGCCCAUCAUUCUAUCGCCAACCGAGGGCUACGAUCGCGACAGCCGCAUGUCUCAGAGCACGAUCCGGACUGGUCGUACCUCCAUCAAGACGGAGAACAUCUUGGAGGUGAACGAGCUGCCUCGUCGAGCCGACAACAUUUCCCAUCUCAGCGGCGGCCGCAAUCAGAGCAUGAACGAAGACGUCAGCAGUACUUGGCUGCCUAGUCUGGCCGGCAGCAGCAGAGCGGCGAACUUGCCGACUGGCGGGAGAAAGCGUGCCUCGUCACCAGUCCUCCCACCCACCCGCGACUCGACCACAACCAUGAGCACUGAUGUUCGGACGCACGACGAUGCGACAACCAACUGGGGCUCUGUCCACUCCCCUGUCGUUGCAGUGCCCAUCCCAGCCAACCGGCAGGUGGCACGGACCACGUACAUCAAUGGUGGAGAACGCGGGGACGGGCUCACUCUGGGGCCUGCAGGAUCGGCUCCCAAUGACAAUUCUGAACCGCUUCUGCCGCUGCUGCCCGCAACGACUUACAACGGCGGAAAGACCAAAGCGUCACCCACGUCGUCUGACCAAGACAGCGCGCCAUGGCAAAAGAAGAGCGAGAAGCGCGAGUCCCAGUGGCAUCGUCGUGUUGGGGACGACACGCUGAGCUUCUCUGACCGCAAAGAGGGGGGCCGGUCACGGAAGAUGCCACCCCCGACACCGCUACUUCUGAACCCCUCAUCCACCAAGAACCCAGUGGUUGUCAAGGCUGCUGAGCCGUCGCCGUUGGAGUCGCCCGAGCGUGCUCUUGCUUACAUCCAGGAGCAGCUGCGGCGGUACGAAGAGCCGAACUUGGCGGUCGCGGAGGAGACCCCCACCAGGCGCCUGGCGCUGCUGGACAACCUCGAAAGGGAAAUGGACAUGCAAGCAGGCCACUGGCAGGAGAUGCAGCAUGACUUGCGGCACGACUCGCUCUCGUCGAUGCAGACGCUGUCCCCCAGUACGGAAUCGCGCCGCCAAUCUGUGAUAAGCUCGCACAAUGCCGCUGUUGUUCCGCAACGGCAGCAACAGCAGCACGCAAAAGAAAGCGUCGCACUGCACAUCGGCGCUGACCGUAGAGCUGCCCGGCGCUCCCGGAUUCAGGCAAGCAGUUGGAACAGAGUGACGGCCGAAGAAUCCGUCGUGUCCAGCAUUCCCGCACCCGCGGCUCGUUCGCUCCAGAGCGGUGCCAGCAAGAGAGGACCGUUCUCGAACACCGUACUUGACCUUGGCGCUCUAGGGAGCCCCACUCCCCCGGAUUCGGACGAGGAAGACCUGGACCUCCGUCUGCACCGACCAUACGACACGCUCGAAGCCGCAAUUUCGGCUUCUGUCGACGGCGCGUUGACUCAAAAGACAGCCCGGGGCCAGAAGCCGACCUUGUGGAUCCCGGCCGCCAAGUCCGCCGCAAUGACAAUGACGACGACGACGACGACGACGCUGCUGUGGACACCUGCCCCAGCAGUGCCGUCACACCAGCCUACGGUUAUGUUUGCGUCGAUUACGAGUACCAUGCAGCCUCUGCACUCAUCCGGCAGAACGUCCAAGACUGGGAAACAGCAGUUGUCUGGGCCCCUACCAAUUGAGUCUCUUUCUCUGUGGACAAAGCGUAGCACCCAGCCAUCACAACCUGUCCACUCAAGCCGUGGUCUAUGGAUGUCUCACUCGCAGCCGGAGCCGGUUCAGCAGGACAACGUCGCAGCACUGGAACUUACUGAGGAAGAGCUCAUGAUGCAGAAGAUGAAAGAUCUCGAGUUGGAAAUGGACGCUAUGGAAGCCGACCGCGAAGAGCGCGUCGAGUCCUCGCAAAAAGCGCCUCGCCCCGUCACGCAGCGCCCGCCGAGAAGGAACAAGCGCGUAACCCUGCUUCCCGAUAUUCUGGAAAGUCCCAAGCCGCUUCCUGACAAGCGUGGUACACUCGGCAUCUUCCAGUUCCCCUGGGGCGAGCGCUCCGACACUGCAAAGCCUCCGACACCGCCCUUCCGCGGUGCUCCAUUUGGUGCCAUGCCGGGCACAAUGGCCUCGGGCGGCGGCAAAUUGAACGCAGCUCUUGAGGCACGCGCCAAAGAGCUCGAGGCCAACGAGUACUCCUCGUCCUUCUUUGACGACUACGACGACGACGAGGACUUUGAUGAUGAAGACAAUGGCUUUGGCGAGGAUGGGUCUGGCAGUGACGAUGGUUUCGAUGAGACGACACUGUGGGAAAUUGCCAGUCUGUUGAAGACCGAGCAGGUCCCGUCGACUCUGAGCAUGUUCCCACCGCCUCUUUCGUCUGGAUCCGUGAUGGGCGACUACAUUGAUGACAUACAGUCAGGCCAUGAAGUCGAGCAUCUGAAUGAGAUGGACAGCCGCAACUACGCCGAUGUUGUCGAAGUCGUGGCUGGCCUGAACCCUCAGAGCCGCCGCCGCGAUUCGCAAUUAUGGAACGACCGCCAAGACGUUACGACUGCCAGUACCAAUGAGUUCUCCAUGGCACAGCCGGACAAGGAAACCUGGAAGAGCUACGAUACGGUGAGCCAAGCAGCAACCCUGCGCUCCAAGCCCCGCAAGUCCGAGUCGUCUACGAUCGAGACCGGUCAGCUCUGGGACCGAUCCACCAUCAAGACAUUGCCGGCCAACCCGCGGUCCAGCCUGUGGACAGCUACAAAGCAGAAGAAGAUGGAAAACGAGAAAGCAGCGUCCCAGGCAAAGGCAGCGCAGUUGGAGAUACCGCAGCUCGAGAAGCCCAUGUCAACUAAGCUGUGGGCGCCCAAGCCGGUUCCCGAGGUCAGUGCCAAAGGCCCCUUGUUUGACCGUGACGUUGCUGCCGUUGAAAAGAUGAACGAGCCUACUCGAAUGACGGACAAAACACCCGCAGCGCUCGACAUGCCUCGCACGCCCCGCAAACUGAGCAGCGCACCAUUGGAGAAGCUCAUGUCCACGAACUUGUGGACAACUGCCAACGGAGGCGCAUCUCGGAUGUGGGCGCCCAUGCCGGUUCCCAAUGUUCUCGCCAAGGGUCCCUUGUUUGACCGCGACGCUGCCGCCGCCCAGAAGCUGCACAGACCGAUUCGCACAACGGCCUUGGAGCCGGCCGCUGUGGACAUGGUUCGUGCACCGCGGUCGCUGUCACACUUGCCACAGCUGCGGCUCGAGUCGACCAAGCUUUGGAGCGCCGCUGAGACGUCGACCCACCAUGUUCGGAAGCCAACUGAGAACAACUGGAUCCUGGCCAAGGACCCCAAGACCCUGCCGGUUGUCGUCGACGACACCAUCCCCGCGUCCAGCGUUGGUGUCAAGCAAAAGACAUGGUGGGAGAAGAUGAAGGCCGCGGCUGGGGUGUCCAGCGCUGCGUCGGCCAGCCCGGCCGCAUCUCUCGCCUCGGUCGAGAAAGAGAUUGACCAGGUGCGCAUGGCGCCGCCCGCACCGCAACAACAACAGCACAGGGUGCGGCCCGCGGCCUCGCACAGCGACUGGGAGGCGGCCCUCCAGGAGGCCGUGACGGCCAGCUACCCGUGGCUGCAGCGCCGCAUCAGUGCCACACCCAACCAGUGGCAAGCCGCGCUCGACCAUGCCGUGGCACGAAGCUACCCCUUUGACGCUGCACGUCAGCACCCUGUGCUUGCCGGCGGUCCGUCCGUUCCCGCAACUCUGAGCAACGACGCCAGCAAGGUGCAUCCUGUAUUCUUCCGGUCCGUCGAUAGACCGAACGAUGCAGUUGUCCAACUUGUCCAGAGCAGGGCGGUCGCAGCGGCCCUGUCGAGAUCUGAAGCCACAUACGGUGCCCAAGCUGUGGCCUUGGAGAACCAGGCCGCCACUCGUCCGCACGCGCCGGAGAGCGGAAGUCGCGGUGUUGUGCUCCGGUUCUAG